CAUAGCUGAUAAUCAAUUUUGGCUCGUUAAAAGGUUCCAAAUUUUGCAAUUUUAGGAAAAAUCCUGCAACUCGCAGCUAAACAUCCGUUUGUUCCCGUCACGUUCCACCGACGUCAACCGCCGAACAUCGAAAAUGAUACGAUUCAUUCUCAUCCAGAACCGUGCGGGAAAAACCCGGUUGGCAAAGUGGUACAUGAAUUUCGACGACGACGAGAAGCAGAAACUGAUUGAGGAGGUCCACGCCGUCGUUACGGUACGCGAUGCCAAGCACACGAACUUCGUUGAGUUCCGUAACUUUAAGAUCGUUUAUCGGAGAUAUGCCGGAUUGUAUUUCUGCAUCUGUGUGGACGUGAAUGACAAUAAUCUGUGUUAUCUGGAGGCGAUUCACAACUUCGUCGAGGUUCUGAACGAGUACUUCCACAAUGUGUGCGAGCUGGACUUGGUGUUCAACUUCUACAAGGUGUACACGGUUGUGGACGAAAUGUUCCUGGCUGGAGAGAUCCGGGAAACUUCGCAGACCAAAGUACUGAAACAACUGCUGACGUUGAAUUCUCUAGAGUAAGGAGCCGGUUUCGCGGGUGGGAUGACGCUUUGUUUUGCAAUAUUAGUCACAUUUAAUGUCACUCCAUGAAGAAUGCUUGUAUUCUCAUUUAUCAACCAGCGAAAGAAAACAACACUGCAACCGGCGAUGUUGUAAAGACCUAUAGAGCCUACGUGAGCCAUAUUGAGUUUCGCCGUGAAUCUCAUCUAAGUAUCGCAAGUAUCCCGAUGGAUUAUUUUUACCAUUAUGAUGGUUAGGAGCGUAAUAAUUGUGAAGCUGCCAUUUUAUUGUUUCAGCAAAAUUUUCUUGCUUUACCCGAGCAUAGUUUAACAGCAAACAUUAUAUCUAAAUUAUUAUAUAUACUGCUGUUGAAGUCGAAUUGAAAUCAUCUAUAAUCAAUCUAAACUCGCUAGCAUUACGCUUUAAAUUUCAUUAAAAAAAUAUAGGUUUAUUCCAGUUUUUAUUGAUAUAAAACAUUAUUCAUAUAUUUUCAUUAUAAUAUUUGGAGCAAAUUUGGAGCUCGAGUUGGAAGUUUCGUUAUUGGUUAACCAAAUAAAAAAUUACACCGUAUAAUCAAAAUCCACGAGAAUAAAAUAUCAAAUUUAGUUUCCAAUUUGCCCUUAAACUUUGCUCGGGCACGCUAAAGCGGCAAACCUUUAUUUUGUAGCUUCCCCGCGGGUCCAAAGAUAUAUUAUUCGUUCAGAGUUACCUUUACGAACGACAAGCACCGUUGUCUAAGUAAAUUUAACUCACAAUUUGCAUUCCUCGUUACGAACAAAAAUACUGGAUAUCAUCUAGAAAGUCGAUCGUACUGAAAUCAUUGCAAGCAAUCAAUUGCAAUCAAUGCUUUGCGCAAAACAAUUUAAAAACCGAGCAGACGAGUCAUCAAACGAAGUGAGAGAGGGAAAGAGGUUCUCGCUCGGUGUAAGACACGAGUCACGUUCAAGAACAACAGCAUCAAAUAAUAAAUAAGCGUAUAAAAUAUGAAGCUGAACAUUGACAGCAAAACGAUUGUUGAUACGUGGUAUUAAAAUUGAGUACAGUAAAAUUUAAACAAUAUAAAUUGUUAUUAUUCUUAAUCAUCUCGUCAAGAUUGCUCUAACUAAAGUAUGUAAAAAUCUAGUAAAUAAUAAAUGUAUGGA